AUGGAGUGUUUGAAGACAUCAAAAGUGAAUAUUGAAGACAUCUCUGGCAUAUCCUUCUCUGCCACCUGUUCUCUGGUUAUAAUCGAUAAUAAAAAGAAAGGCAAUGAUGUGGUGAUGUGGAUGGACCACAGGGCCAUUCAUGAAGCCAGUCUUAUAACCAAAACUAAAAAUGAAGUUCUGCAGCAAAUGGGUGGCAAUGCUUCUCCAGAAUAUUCUUUGUCUAAACUCUUGUGGUUAAAACGUAAUGACAAACAACGGUUUGAUGAGGCGAUAGGGUUUAUGGAGCUGCCGGACUGGUUGGCCUGGAAGUGCUCUAAUCUCGAGGCUAAAGACUAUCCCCGAUCGGUGUGUAGUGUUGUCUGUAAGUGGGGUUACGAUGCGGUCAAUAAGCGCUGGAAUGACGGCUUCCUCGAUGUCAUCGGACUCCAGGAGUUCGUUAAAGACAAGUCCAGAAUUGGAGAAAAGAUAGUACUUCCGGGAACACACAUCGGUUUUAUGAGCAAAUCAGUGGCCAAACAGUUUGGACUGAUUACCGGUGCGGAUGGCGCGAGGGAUGGGGAGUGCACUGACAUAUCGAUCGGGAGUCCCCUAAUCGACGCCCACGCGGGUGUCCUAUCAAUGCUGAUGUUCUCCCACGAUCUCAAGGAUGUGGAAGAGGGGCACUUGGANCAUUUAAUUCAAUCAACUAUUGGCUAUUGA